UCAGGUGGGGGUGGGGUGGCAGCCUCCCCAUCUUUAUUUGCUUGCUUUUUCCAUCGUUGCCUUUUUGUUCUCUUAUUUACUAAACCCCAAGCAACCUACACAUUCCAACCUCUCUCUCUCCCAAGUUUUCGAGUUUCUUUCUCAUUCAGUUCUCCGCUUUGGUUCUUCAUCUUCUUCUUCCUCUCCUAGCUAGCUAAGGGUGUUGUGGUGUGAUUCUUGAUUUUUAUUGACGGGAUUUGUCAUCCAAGUUAGCUAGCUAUUAACAUUUGUGCCCUUUUAUUAUCAUCAAGGGGAAGAAUAAGAAGAAGGUCCAUCUGUAUACAUGGCUCCUGUUUCAUUGCCUCCUGGUUUUAGGUUCCAUCCCACAGAUGAGGAAUUAGUUGCUUACUACCUGAAAAGAAAGAUUAAUGGCCGUAAGAUCGAAUUAGAGGUCAUCCCUGAAGUUGAUCUCUACAAGUGUGAGCCAUGGGACUUACCAGGAAAGUCAUUAUUGCCCAGCAAAGAUCUGGAGUGGUAUUUCUUCAGUCCACGAGAUCGAAAGUACCCUAACGGAUCGAGGACCAAUCGUGCUACUAAAGCUGGAUACUGGAAGGCAACGGGAAAGGACCGCAAGGUAAACUCACAGACGCGUGCGGUUGGCAUGAAGAAAACCCUAGUUUAUUACAGGGGAAGAGCACCCCAUGGCAUUCGAACCAAUUGGGUUAUGCAUGAAUAUCGCCUCGACGAGAGGGAGUGUGAAACUGCACAAGGCUUGCAGGUUCAGGACGCGUAUGCGCUAUGUCGUAUUUUUAAGAAGACUGCAACGGGGCCAAAGAUAGGAGAGCAUUACGGUGGCACAAGUACUACCAAUUACCAGCUGACCAGUGACCACUCAUCCAGCGUUAAUGAACUAUAUUCUGAUGGAGGAAGAUGUGAAGAUUUCGAGAGCUCAAGUUAUCCGAUGCAAAUGCAUAAUGCAUGCUCUUCAUCACCAAACUUUGUUCAUAAAAAUUCACUUGAUGACAUGGGUAGAAAAAGAGAUGGAAAAUGGACACAAUUCUUAUCGAAAGAGGCAUUUAAUUGCUCGUCCUCAUUUUCUCCAUUUCCCAAUCAUGAAAACAUUUCAUACCCUCCAUCUAAGGUUGACAUAGCAUUAGAGUGUGCAAGGCUGCAGCAUCGACUCUCACCUCCUCCAUUAGAAGUGGAGGAUUUCCCUCAAGUUGGACUCAACGACUUCAAAACGAUGCAAUACUCAAAUCCUGCACUUGACACCACAAGUACUGAAACUGAUGCUUUGCAGGAAAUUCUUUCAGUUGCACAUGUUUCUCAAGAAAUGGUCAAUCAAUCCAGUAAUCAUGUGGAUCAGACAUGGGGUGGAAACUACGCUCCUCCAGCCAAUGACUUUAGCUUUAUGGUUGAUCGAGAUGCACAUUAUAAUCAGAUUACUGAUCACUUGAAUUCUAUGAGAUAUGUGGAUCAAAAAACAUGGGGAAAUUCGUAUACACGGUCAAUCGAGAUUGGAGACCUGAAGGAUGAUUUUAGGAUGGAGAAUACAGCUGAGAACCUAAGGUGGAUAGGAAUGUCAGACAAAGAUCUGGAGAAGAGCUUCACGGAGGAACACAAGAUAAUUCCAAUAGAAAACAUUUCAUCUUUUCGUAGGGAAGAAGAAGAGCAACAUUAUGAGGCUCAAGGAGGACCUGGGCAUCGUAGUGGCAUAAUCAAGGAACUCAAUGAUAAUGAGGCAAACGAUGAUGAUUUCUCACUUAGUUUCAUCAAUGAAGACCCGAACGAGAACUUCCUCCAUGAUGGAAACAUGGAUGACUAUUCAACUUCUCCAAGCUUCGAAGUCAUCGAAGAAGUUCAAGUUAAUCACGGCAUGUUUGUUUCAACUCGGCAGGUGGCUGAAACAUUCUUUCACCAGUUAGUGCCUUCACAAACAGUUAAGGUCCAUCUAAACCCAGUGUUCGGCCAGAACCUUUUGGUAGAGAGAGUUGUUACACAAACAAAGUCCAAGGAUAGAGGUUCUUUCUUUGAGAGGUUCAAGGAACUUGUGAUGGAAAAGUUUGACGGAAUUGCCAAAUCAACAAAGCCAUGGAGGAAAAUUGCAAGCACUCUUGUUUGUGCAGUUACACUUAUAUUGAUGCACAUGAUCAUCUAUCUUGGGCAACAUAUGGAAGAUGAGAAAUUCAUGGAUGCCUUCACCACAACUACAACUGCAACGAUUGUGGAAGAAAAAGGCAAUUCUAACAUUAGCAAGAAGGAAGGACUUGGAUUAAUUAAGUGGAGCAACAAAAAAGAAAAGGUUUGCUUGGUUAAUAUAAGAGAUGGGAGUACUUGUAGUGUGUUUCUGAAGAAGAUGGGGAUUUUCCUCACAGUUUCUUUGGCUCUUGGUACCAUGUGGGCUAACCACAAUGUAAUUCCCUCUUGAACUCAACCAUUUUAUUUCGGUUCUAACAAUAGUUUGUCUGUUUGGGAGAGGGGAUAAUUCAGCCUAACCCAUAGCUAUUCAAAUAUAUCUUCACAAUAUGUAUUUUAAAUUGACAUAAAAUCAUGUAAGAGUUGAUAUUGAUUUAUACUAAAAGAGAUUUCCUUGUUUUCA